UCGUCUGUCGGUCUGAGGGAUUCAGACAGCGGGUAGCUGUUCUCUACUGUAGCCGCAUCGCAGCCACCCAACCCCUAUACAUCUGCUGCUGUGGCCCGCUGACUGAGUGGAGGAUGAACGGAAGGGAUUAACGACGAGGGAGAUAGAGAGAGGGGGGAGAGGAGAGGGAUAGAGAGGGGGAAGAGGAGAGGGAUAGAGAGAGGAUGGGUAAGGACCAGGACCUGCUUCAUGCGGUGAAGACCGAGGAUCUUCUGACGGCGCAGCGGCUUCUCCAGCGACCCAGGCCCGGGAAAACCAAGUUGCUGGGAACAGCCAAGAGGGUCAAUGUUAACUUCCAGGACACAGACGGGUUGUCUCCUCUGCACCAUGCUGCUCUGAGCGGCAACAAGGAGCUGAUCUCUCUGCUGUUGGAGGCUCAGGCCACAGUGGACAUUAAGGACCAGAACGGUAUGCGUCCACUGCACUACGCGGCGUGGCAGGGGAAGACUGAGCCAAUGAAAAUGCUCCUGAAGGCGGGAUCAUCAGUCAACAUUCAAUCAGACGAGGGCCAGAUCCCCCUGCACCUAUCAGCACAGCACGGACAUUACGACGGGUCUGAGAUGUUGCUGCAGCACCAGUCUAAUCCGUGUAUCUCCGACACGGCCGGUAAGACUCCUCUGGACCUGGCCUGUGAAUUUGGACGAGUGGGGGUGGUCCAGCUGCUCCUCAGUAGUAAUGUCUGUGCAGCGAUGAUCGAGCCGAAGCCGUCGAACCCCAACGGCGUCUCUCCUCUUCACCUGGCCGCCAAGAACGGACACAUCGAUGUCAUACGUCUGCUGAUCCAAGCAGGUAUAGACAUCAACAGACAGUCAGAGUCGGGGACGGCGCUGCAUCAGGCAGCUCUCUGUGGAAAGACUGAGGUGGUGAGACUGCUGUUGGAUAGUGGCAUCAGUGCUGGGGUGAGGAACACUCUGUGUCAGACGGCUCUGGACAUCGUUAACCAGUUCACCGCCACACAGGCCAGCAGAGAGAUCAAACAGCUGCUGAGAGAUGCGUCAGCUGCGAUGCAGGUCAGAGCUCUGACAGAGUACUGCAACAACUACGACCUGACGAGCCUCAACAUCAAGACUGGAGACAUCAUCACGGUUCUGGAGCAGCAUUCUGACGGCCGGUGGAAGGGUUGUAUCCAUGACAACCGGACAGGAAAUGACCGCGUCGGCUACUUCCCCUCCAGCAUGGUGGAGGUGAUCAGCAAGAGGCCAGGUUCUCGGGGCUCUGAGUCCAGUCCUCACGGCUCUCCCACACUUGGCCAGCAGGGCGGCUCCAGCGAGGAUGUCUGGGUUCUCCGGAAGCCCCUCGCAGGUGGUGACCGUAGCAGCAGUGUGGGUAGUCUGGGUAGCGUUCGUUCCCUCGGCAGCGUCCAGAGUUCUGGAAAUACACAACACGCCCUGAAUACGCCUCCUCCGCCUGCCACAGCACACGCUACUAACACGCCAGCUAGCAGCCUGAACACACACGGCCUCAACGCUCCCGGGCUCCACGCGCAGUCGGAGGGAGUCAAGCUCCUAGCCACAGUGAUGUCCCAGUCAAUAAAGGCAAAGGAGCAUCUGUUGGAGCAGUCCAAGUCUGUGGAGCAGGCAGCAGCUGCUGCUAAGAGUCCAUCUGGUUGUCCUCCUCAAGAACAGCGCUCCUUUGAUCGCAAGGCAGAGGCAGAUGUGAAGAGUGAGGCGGUAGUGACCUGGUUGACUGAGUGUCAGCUGCAGUUCUACACCACUCACCUCCUCACCGCUGGCUAUGACCUAGACACCAUAGGCCACAUGACCCCCGAGGACCUGACAGCAAUCGGUGUAACUAAACCAGGCCAUCGUAAGAAGAUGACAUCAGAGAUCAGCAAACUGCCGUCUGGUGACUGGCUACCUGACCACAAACCAGCCAGCCUGGCAGAGUGGUUGUCAGCGAUUGGGCUGAACCAGUACUACCAGGUUCUGGUGCAAAAUGGAUAUGACAACAUCGACUUCAUCACUGAGAUCAGCUGGGAGGACCUGAAGGAGAUUGGCAUCACCAAGCUGGGCCACCAAAAGAAGAUGAUGUUAGCAGUGAGGAGACUGGGGAAGUUCCAGAGAGGAGAGAGUAUCUCUCAGCCUUCUACCCCUCCUUCUGGCUCCACCCCUCCUUCUGGCUCCACCCCUCCAUCCUCCUCCACUCCUCCCCCCUCUACCCCACUUCCCUCCACUGGGAGGGGUCAGAGGCCCCCCCUCACUAAACCCCGGCCAGGGAUUGAGUCCCCAACACACACACCCUCCCCACCUCACACUCCCACCAAGACCCACAAGGCUCGAGCCCACCCCUCCACCCAGCCCCCGCCAGCUGAUUCGCCAGUCCAAGAAGGGGGUGUGUCUGUUCCUUUACUCUGUCUGCCAAUGGAGGAGGAGCAUCGGCGAACUCACAGCCUGAUUGGCUACUCGGGGUACGAAGCCGAUGCCCUCUCGGUUACAGACUUCGCCCCUAGAUACGCCACGGUCUGCCGCAGCAGCUCGGCUCAACGCUCCGACCCCAAUGACGCAACUGUCAACCGCAGCCAAUCAUCAGUCACGCUGCGGCCCAGGAGGAAAGGCCGGCCCCCGACUCCGCCGAAACGGUCGUGUUCCUCCAUCUCCGGGGGCGACGGGCUGGGGGAGGGGCUGGGGGUAGUAGGGAUCAGGGAGAGGAGAGCCAGCGACUGUGGAGGGCUGGCGGAGAGGAGGGGGGAGGGGGGGCUGGUGAGGUCAGAGGGGGCGGGGGGGAGCGUCCGGAGCAUCGCCGCCAUGUUGGAGACAUCGAUGGGAGGAGUUGGUCCUGGAGGGGGAGGGGCCAAGACCCUGCCCAGAACCAUGGGAGGCAGAGGCAGCUACCUCAACCCUACACAGGUUAGUCCGGCGGCGUUGCGUCGUCAGGCCGGGUCAGGUGGUCUCGGGUCUGAUGAUGAUAUCAUGAAUCGGCGUCGGACCAUCAGCGGUCCGCUCACCGACCAGACAGACUCAGCCCAGAUCCAGUUCCCGCGGCAACACACUGAGCUACGCCCAGAACCCCGUCCACGCUCCACGGUCGUCACGCCGACAGGAGAAGGGCUUAUUACGGAUGGAACAGCGACCAUCAACCGAAGGAGAAAGCCCCACCCCCCCAACUAUUCUGACGCAGAGAAGUUCCAUCUGACGGAGACAGACACCAUUCGGCGACGCCCACGCAGCCGCGAGCACAGCAAUGACCAAUCCGACAACAGCACAACCACCAGCAGCCAACCAGCGAGCGCCACACCUGGCAGCGGCCAAACAGACAGCAGCAGGAAGAACGUUGACCAACCAGAGAGCAGCAGGAAGAGCGUUGACCAACCAGAGAGUAGCAUUGACCAAUUGCAUCACAGCCAGUUGGCCCCCCAGCAGGUGAACGGAGGGGUCGACCAAUCUCACCGCAUCAUCCUGCGGAUACGGCCCGGGUCGGAGGCUGAGGGGGAGGUGGCCUCUCGCAGGGAGAGCUGUGAUAGGCCAGAAGUCAGGAAGCCGCUGAAGCCGCCGGUGUCGCCCAAACCCUCGAUGGUGGCCGUGAGGAGACAGCAGCAGGACCCCCCCACCCCGACCAGACGCGUUCCCUUACCUGGGCCUGAAGCUGACAGUCCUGCAGAUCCGAGCCCCUCCACUCCCCAGACCCCCUCCACCCCCGGUUCCACCCCCCACCCCGUCAAGCCUCCCCGCUCCUCCAUUUCUGGCCUCUCUGUCGACCUGCUGAGAGUUGAGAGAAGGAGAGAGCAGGAGGAGGAGCAGACCAAGGAGGAGGCUCCAGCCCAAGUAGGGGAGGAGGAGGAAGAAGAGGAGGUGCAUCAUCUGAGGUUGGAGGAGACCAGCGCCUCCCUAGCUGCAGCUCUGGAAGCUGUGGAGCAGAAGAUUAACCAGGAUCACACACACAACCAACAGUACUGUGCAGCCGAGAAGACGACAGUCAACAUUCUAGACGACAUCGGCAGCAUGUUUGACGACCUGGCGGACCAGUUGGACGCCAUGUUGGACUAGAGCUCCCAGCGUCGCUACGACAACCAGCCAAGAGCUGACUGCUUACGCCAGCUAUCCCAGGGUGCUUUGCGGCUCCUGUAUAGAAUAGCUAUGAUAGAAGUGUUCCUGUGUGUUCAUAUUCCUGACGUAGUGCACUACUAUAGAGCUCGGGUCGACUGCACUACAUAGGAGGGAAUGGGGAUGUUACCGUGGUGAUGUUACCGUGGUGUUGGGUGGUAGAUGUUCCUGAAGCAGGAAGUUGUAUAUGUUUGUAUUCUCCCUCCCCUCUCAUUGGUCAAGAAGUAUUCUGAAAGCACACACACACACAUGCAGGUAGACAGACAGCCACAAGGUGUUAAGCACAGAAACAG